UACGGAGUUGCUUCCUGUUUUUCGGCGUACAGUUUUGAAAACAAAUUGCAAAUGAUAAAAAAACAGGUUAAAAAGCCGAAUAAGAUUCUGGAGCAAAUUGUUAAUAAAGAGAAGAACGCAAAAUUAAUAAGAACAGAAAACAACUGUUCCAAGUAUUCUGGAGGAUUUCUCUUGGCAAUAAUUGCAAUGUCGGCGCCACCAAAGAAAGCAAAGCGGCAUGAAUCCUCUAAACGUACAUGUCAUCUAUGCGAGCAAUUAAAUGAAAAAUGCGACAAACUUUACGAAAAAUUAAGUGCGAUGGAAGAAAAAUCCAGACAGCAAUCUGAUAAGUUUUGCGAUAUUUUGGCUGAGCACAAAGUACUUCUCAUGGAAUUAACGCAUCAAAAUAAAGCAUUGCAAACAUUGAAAGGUAUUUUCCCUAUAAAAUCAACAGAGGAGCUGAAAAAUUUGGACGAACUAUUGGAAAUACAACCAGAAAUAUAUGUGCGACAUAUGAAAACAUUAAUUGCAUCAAACCUUAACAAAAACUUAAGUAAUGUAAUCGCAAACAACUUAAUUAUGGACUACAACCUUGAUGGUACCCAUAGUAAACAUCGCCUAAAGGAUUUUAAAAAUGUUUACUUUCAUUUAAUUGGUAAAUAUAUUUCAUGUAAUGUGCUAUUAUGUAUACUUAAUAUGUACAUAAGUAACCCUCACUUUCUUUUAACAGAAGCCAUUUCCUUAUCAGAAGAUCACCCUGAAGAGAAACUACGUAUUGCUAUGCACAAAGAAAAGAAAAAGAGUUUCCGUAAGCCAAAGGAUUCAUCUAAGAAAAUGCAGUUCCAAACAUAAACGAAACAAUAUAAAUACACCCAUGCAUGUACAUAUGUAUGUAGUGCAAACACUAGAAGUCGAACUUAGCCAUAAUAAAUUUUCUUUUUUUAAUCCAGUUUUUCUUUUGUUGAAGUUUUAAACACUUGUUACAUUAUAUCUACAAAAAAACUGGGCGCACUUAAAACGUUAUAAAACAAAAAUGUAUUUUUGCAAUUCAAAGAUGUUUUUGUAUAUGUACAUAGUACAUACAUAGUUAGUUUUGUUUAUUAUACGUAAAUUUGGGUUAAAAAAGCUGCGCUUGACUCUGUGCGACCAGUUUUCUUGUGCCCAUACUUUAUGUAAAUUCUUUGUAAUCCUGUAUACAUUUGUACGUGC